AUGGAGCUGAGGUCUGAGAUGCCCAGCGUGCCCUCGGCGCCUCCUUCGGUGCCCCCCAGUUCGGUGGCGGCGGCCGCGGCGGCGGCGGCGGCCAGCCUGCCGGUGAGCGUGGCCGGGAGUCUCCUGCGGGCGCCGCCAUUGCUCCUGCGGGCGGCCGAGAAGUACCCCCGCACGCCCAAGUGCGCUCGCUGCCGCAACCACGGCGUGGUGUCGGCGCUCAAGGGCCACAAGCGCUACUGCCGCUGGAAGGACUGCCUGUGCGCCAAGUGCACCCUCAUCGCCGAGCGCCAGCGCGUCAUGGCCGCCCAGGUGGCGUUGCGCCGGCAGCAGGCGCAGGAGGAGAACGAGGCCCGCGAGCUGCAGCUGCUCUAUGGCACUGCGGAGGGGCUGGCCCUGGCCGCCGCCAACGGCAUCAUCCCACCCCGGCCCGCCUAUGAGGUCUUCGGCUCGGUGUGCACCGCAGACGGAGGCGCGGGGGGCUCAGACUCUAAGCUGCAGAAAUUCGAGCUGUUCCCCAAGACGCUGGUCCCCAACCGGGCCGUGACCCCGCAGCAGGCCAAGCCCUUGUCGCCGGACGGGGCGGACAGCGGGCCAGGCACCUCGUCGCCGGAGCCCCCCCGCCACGGCUGCGCCUCGGGCUCCGAGAACGGCGACGGCGAGUCCUCCCUCAGCUCGCCCAUCUCGAAAGGCGCCAAGGACGGCCCCGGCGGCGGCGAGGAGGAGAGCCCGGGCUCCAUCAGCCCUCUGGGCUCGGAUUCGGGCUGCUCGGAGGCGGAGCGGGAAGAGACUGGCGCGCAGUCGCCCGGCCUGGCCGCGGCGGCAGCCGUGGUGGCAGCCGGGGGCAGCCGACAGCAGCGGACGCCGCUGGACAUCCUGACGCGCGUCUUCCCCGCGCACAAGCGCAGCGUGCUGGAGCUGGUGCUGGCCGGGUGCGGCGGGGACGUGGUGCAGGCCAUCGAGCAGAUCCUCAACAACCACGGCGCGGACAAGGCGAGCGACGAGAGCUGGCCGCGGGCGGCCGGGGACGCGCCGGGGACUCUGGGCAGCCUGCAGUCUUCGCCCGCCGGCGCCGCCUCGCACCACCGCCCCCUGCUGGCCGGCGCCAUGACGCCCGCCAUUGGCGCGCUCGGCAGCCGCUCGGCCUUCUCGCCCCUGCAGCCCAACGCCACCCACUUCGGGGCGGCGGCGGCGGCCGAGGCCAGCGCUUACCCGCUCGGCACGCACCUCGGCCUGAGCCCGCUGCGCCUGGCCUACUCGGCGGCGGCGGCGGCGCACAGCCGAGGCCUGGCAUUCAUGACGCCUUACUCCACCGCCGGGCUCAUGCCCACGCUGGGCUUCCGCCCGCCCAUAGAGUACGCCUUCAGCGACCUCAUGCGGGACCGCUCGGCCGCCGCCGCUGCCGCUGCCCGCAUUGCUAUGGUGUGCAAAGAUGUAGCAAGUAUUUGUUAA